UCAAACGUUUUCAGUUCACACCAAACAUCGUUCGGUGGAGGUAGUGCGGUUUUGCACCUCUCGUUUUCUGGCGUCCAUCUAGAAAAGUAGUGAAACAGUGAACUUUAGUUUUACUUGCAGUUUUACUUAUUUAAUUUACGUUUGCUACUAUUCCGAGCGGAGUGAGCUCAUUCUUGGUGAAUCCGCGAAUAAGCUGUGCGCUUUUACGUGAGUGUAAACACCUCUUCAGAGCCUUGUUCGAUCGUUCGAGUUCUUGUGACUUCGUUCUCAAGUGUUGUUUGUGCAUCAUCGCCGCCACCGCCGUCUCCAUCGCCAGUAGUAAAACAGUGAAAAAAAAAGAAUAACAUUGUUUCAAUCGUUAUACAUAUUCAACGUGCAUCGACCGAAGCCGAAGAAGAGAGAAGCAAAGUUUUAUUAUACGUACAUAUAUUGGCGUCCCCGCGCGUCAGCUUCGUCUAGCAGUCAGUGUUAACACUUUUGAGGUCAGUGAAAAUGCUCGCCGAUGCUGGCUGGUUGCUCCAGUUGUUGCUGCAGUAAAAGCUAAGCUUUGUGUGCAAAUCUUUGCUGAAGAGAAGUUCCCGGAAAAAAAAGACAAACAACAGAAGCAACUUUGCGGUCUUGUGGCAGCGUGGAGGAUUAUGAGCUCAAGCCGAUUGCCGAAAUUUUUAAAACCGGAUGACGAUUCCUUCUCGUCAGAACGUGACGCAGCCCCGUCCGAUGAUCACGUAACCUCGUUCGUCUUCAACGCCCACCAUUCGCUGAACCUUGCCGCACAGCGCGAACGUCUUCCGAUUCGGCAGUACCGCGAUCAGAUCCUCUACUGUCUGGAGAACUACCAAACGUUGGUACUGGUCGGUGAAACCGGUUCCGGCAAGAGCACACAGGUACCACAGUACCUGUACGAGUUCGGAUGGCACAGCAAGGGGCUGAUUGGUGUGACCGAGCCUCGCCGCAUAUCGGCCAUAACGCUCGCCGACCGAGUGGCCACGGAACGCGGCGAGCUAAGCGGAGAAACGGUGGGCGUUUCCAUACGGUUCAUCUCGAAAUGUAAUCCCGACACGACCAAGAUCAAGUACAUGACUGAAGGAAUCCUGCUGCGCGAAAUGUUGGCUGACCCCCUUCUUACCCAAUAUGGGGUGAUCAUGGUGGACGAGGCGCACGAGCGGAGCGUCCUGACUGAUACGGUUCUGGGACUGUUGAAGAAGAUUGCCCGGAAGCGACCUUCGCUAAAGAUCAUCAUUUCGUCGGCAACGGUCGAUGCUGAACUGUUCCAGGAGUUUUUCAAUUUAAAGAAGAGGAAAGAUGAGAAAGAUUCUUCGAUUAUACUGACUGUAGAAGGACGGAUGUAUCCUUACGAGGUGUACUACUUGGAAGAACCGUGUCCGGAUUACGUCAAAGAAACGGUGGCAACGGUGAUGAAGAUUCAUCGAAACGAACAGCGAGGUGACAUUCUUGCGUUUUUGACGGGCCAAGAAGAGGUGCUGAAAGCGCUGGAUCUACUGAGAGAGCACAAGGACGCUAGCGGAAAGGACGAUAUGCUUAUUCUACCCAUGUAUGGAACAUUACCAAACCAGGAUCAGCUCAAAGUGUUCUUCAGUGCUCCCAAGGGGGUACGAAAGAUUGUUUUGGCAACGAAUAUCGCCGAGACGUCUGUCACUAUUCCGGGAAUCGUCUAUGUAAUCGAUUGUGGUUUCGUUAAACUCAACUGGUACUCAGCCGACAGCACCACAAACAGCCUAGUGGUCGUUCCCACCAGUAAGGCAGCCGCGGAACAACGUGCCGGUAGAGCAGGACGCAUUCGCAGUGGAAAAGUCUAUCGCCUUUACACCCAGGAAGAAUGGGAAAAACUUCCCGAUCACACACCGCCGGAAAUGCGUCGAACCGAUCUGUGCAGCACGGUUCUCUUCCUGAAAGCUCUCGGAAUAGACAACAUUCUGAGAUUCACAUUUCCAUCGCCUCCUCCGGCGAAGAACCUACUGGCUUCUCUCGAGACUCUGUAUGCUCUGGAAGCCCUGGAUGCGGAUGGUAGCCUAACAACUCCAGUUGGGUAUUUUCUAGCGGAGAUGCCUUUCAAUGCCAUGCUGGCCAAGAUGUUGUACAAAGCAGGAGAAAUGGGCUGCUCGGAGGAGAUCCUGACCAUUAUAGCUAUGCUGCAGGUCCAAUCGGUGUUCUCUAAACCAGUCAGUGGACAGGCAUCAAUUCGUGCUCGCAUCGCUAAGCGAAAUUUUGAAGUGGCCGAAGGAGAUCUGAUCACUCUGCUCAACGUCUACACAGCCUUCGCGGAUGACAGAACCAAGGAAUUUUGUGGCCGUAACUUUUUGAUUUACCGGAAUCUAAAACGAGCACAUGAAAUCAAAACUCAACUGUGUAGCAUGCUGGAAAGGGAGCUUAACAUUCCUCUGCUUUCUUGUAACGGAAAUGUCGAAACCAUUUGCCGCUGUAUCGUUUCGGGAUUCUUCCCCUACGCCGCCUAUCUACAUCAUUCCGGAGUGUACAAAACUGUGCGGGGAAAUACGGAGCUUGCCAUUCAUCCCAUAUCCUGUCUCUACACGGAAGAGCAACCCCAGUGGGUAAUAUUCUGCGAAUUGAUGCACACCACUAAACUUUACAUGAAGGACAUCACGGUUAUCAAGCAGGAGUGGCUUACAGAGUUGGCGCCACAUUACUACCAUAAAAUUACCGUUAGAGAUCGUUUCUAAUGUGAUUGGGCACUUACGGCCAUAAAUAAAGAUGAAAAUAACAAAGAUAAAUAAAAUGUAGAUGGUUGCCUA